AUGAAAAUAUCCCCAUUUGUCGCCGUUGUUGUUGUUAUUGUAACAAUCGUGACAAUUGGCCUAGUUAAUGGUCAGAAGGAAAAUCGUAUUGUGGCGGGUAGUAUAGCCAACGAGAGGCAAUUUCCCUAUGUUGUUUCUCUAAGACGUAAUGAUAUGCAUACAUGUGGAGGUGUCAUCAUUUCGAGGAAUUACAUCUUGACAGCCGGACGAUGUGUGGUGCAGAAGUUUGGCAGCAAUGGCGUUGAAAGCUAUCCACCCUCCGAAUUUAAUAUACGUGCCGGUUCCCUUACCCUUUACGAAGAAGGUAUCCUCGAGGGUGUAGCCGAAAUCAAGGUCCACACAAAUUACACCAACAUGCUGAGCGAUUUGGCCCUGUUGAAACUGAAACAACCUUUAAUAUUUUCCGAUUACAUACAACCAAUCAACCUACCCUCUAUGGCAAUCUCCGCACCUACCUCCCACGUCUCUGUUCCCGGUUGGGGUCUACAAAAGACAUCCGGUGAUAAUUCACGUCAAUUAAAAUAUCUUUCAAUGGAAGUGGUGGCCUCCGCGAAAUGUUUGACAUAUCUAUAUGGGGAGGAUGCCGAUAAGAAAAUCAUUUGUUUGGAAUAUAAUGGCGGUGGUAUUUGUUCGGGAGAUAUUGGUGGUCCAGCUGUUUAUGGGGAGGAUUUGGUUGGUCUGGCCUCUUUUACCAUUGAACGUUGUGGCAGUGAAUAUCCCGAUGGUUUUACAAAUAUUGGCUACUAUACGCAAUGGAUAAGGGAGAAUUCGGAUUUGAAGUAA